AUUGAGGCUCGGUUGAGCAGAGCGCGGUAGCUGUCAGAUAGUGGAGAGAGACCCAGAGAGUGAACACCCACCCUGGUCGCUUCGUCUGUCCGUAUCAAACCCUCCUUCAACAAGGCACCUCACCGCUCCGACGGCCGUCUAGCUGCUGGGCGGACCUUUAUUUUAAACGCACAUUUAGCGCAAAAUAACCGCAUUUCCCCCCCGGAGCUGUCAAAGUAGCGAAGAAGCGAGAGACAGGAGAGCGACAUGGCCACGACAACCUGUACGCGAUUCACAGACGAAUAUCAGCUAUACGAGGAGCUGGGGAAGGGAGCCUUUUCAGUGGUGCGCAGAUGUGUUAAGCUGUGUACAGGACAGGAGUAUGCUGCCAAAAUAAUCAACACCAAAAAGUUAUCUGCAAGAGAUCACCAGAAGCUGGAGAGAGAGGCACGAAUUUGUCGCCUGUUGAAACAUUCAAACAUUGUUCGUCUUCAUGACAGUAUAUCAGAGGAGGGUUUCCACUACCUGCUGUUUGACUUGGUGACCGGAGGUGAACUGUUUGAGGACAUCGUAGCCAGAGAGUAUUACAGCGAGGCCGAUGCCAGUCACUGUAUCCAUCAGAUUCUAGAAAGUGUCCAUCACAUUCACCAACAUGACAUAGUGCACAGGGACCUGAAGCCAGAGAACCUUCUCCUAGCAAGCAAAUGUAAGAAUGCCGCAGUGAAGCUGGCUGACUUUGGCCUAGCCAUUGAGGUGCAGGGGGAUCAGCAGGCCUGGUUUGGAUUUGCUGGCACACCGGGGUACCUGUCCCCUGAGGUUUUGAGGAAGGAGGCAUAUGGCAAACCUGUGGACAUCUGGGCCUGCGGGGUGAUCCUCUACAUCCUGCUGGUGGGUUACCCUCCUUUCUGGGAUGAGGACCAGCACAAGCUGUACCAGCAGAUCAAGGCUGGGGCUUACGAUUUCCCUUCCCCAGAGUGGGACACAGUCACCCCAGAGGCCAAAAACCUGAUCAACCAGAUGCUGACUAUCAACCCAGCCAAAAGGAUCACUGCUCAGGAGGCCCUCAAGCACCCAUGGGUCUGCCAACGGUCCACAGUGGCGUCUAUGAUGCACAGACAGGAGACCGUGGAGUGCCUGAAGAAAUUCAAUGCCAGAAGGAAACUCAAGGGGGCUAUUCUUACUACCAUGCUGGUUUCUCGAAAUUUCUCUGUGGGCAGCAGGCAGACCACCGCUCCAGCCUCUGUCACUGCGGCCGCAGCUGCAGUGGCUGCAGCCGCCGGCACCACCGCAGGGCUGGUGGAACAAGCAGCUAAGACAUUGCUCAACAAAAAGGCAGAUGUCAAGAAACGCAAGUCCAGCUCUACUGUCCAGUACAUGCCCCAGACAAACAGCACCAAAAACAGCAUAGUCACCAGCCCCAAAGGAAACAUCCCUUCACCUGCUCUGGAACCACAGACAACAGUCAUCCAUAAUCCAGUGGACGGGACGAAGGAGUCAUCAGACAGCAGCAACACCACUGUGGAGGAUGAAGAUGUGAAAGGAAAGAGCUUAGACAACAGCUCGCUUAAGGCGCAGUCCAGCACAAGCUCCCAGCCUGAUAGCUCUCAGGGCUCCUCAGCUGCUGUGUACUCUGCCACAAAGUUUGCUGACCUGCUGGGCUCAGUUCGUAGGGGCUCAGGGCCCACGUCUGACGGGGAAGGGAGAUCCUGCACUCCACCUCCCGCUGUCCUCUCCGCCCCCUCCCCUCCACACACCCCUGUUGUCCCCAUGCAGAUGUCUCGGCUCACAGACCUGGUAAGCAGCGUACGCAGGGUGCCGGUAGCCCCAGCACCUGAGGUUGAUGCUGCGCCGGCGCCUAGCGCCAGGCCCACCCCUUCACCUGCACACACCACCUCCCCACCUCCCCCUCACUCUUCAUCCAGCCCUUCCCUGUCUUCCUCCCAGACACGCAAACAAGAAAUUAUCAAGAUCACUGAGCAGCUGAUCGAGGCAAUCAACAAUGGAGACUUUGAGGCAUACGCUAAGAUCUGCGACCCUGGACUGACCUCGUUUGAACCGGAGGCGCUGGGCAACCUAGUAGAGGGGAUGGAUUUCCACAGAUUCUACUUUGAAAACCUUUUGGCUAAGAACAGCAAGCCCAUCCACACCACAAUCCUGAACCCCCACGUCCACCUGAUUGGCGAAGAUGCUGCCUGCAUCGCUUACAUCCGCCUGACUCAGUAUGUUGACGGCCAGGGUCGGCCGCGGUCCAGCCAGUCAGAGGAAACUCGCGUUUGGCAUCGCAGAGACAGCAAGUGGCAGAACAUCCACUUCCACUGCUCAGGCGCACCAGCUGCGCCACUCCAGUGAGGGUUGAAUGCCAUAGCUUUGUCAGCUUUUGUCAGGAGUGCUCUGCUGGAGAGAGAGGAAGAAGAGGAGGAGGAGGAGGAGGAGGAGGAGGGGAUGAAAGAACAAGUCCAGUGUCACUUUGGGGACGGGGCUCCUCGCCCUUCAGCAGCAAACCCUCCCUCACUGGACGGCCGGCCUCAACCCCCAGCAUGCAUCUCUUCUUUUACUACUACUGCCCCGUGUCUGUCACCUGCCCCACAACAUCUUCUGACAUCCAACAGCUCAACAUCCUUCACCCCCUCCGGCUUCCUCUUCUUCCCUUCCGGCACAUUGGGUGAUAGGAGGGGGAGGGGGUGUUUUCAGCACUCAGUGGGAUUCCUUCUUCCCGUGGUCUCUUUCCCCCAUCCCCGUCCCCCCGUCCCCCGUCCCCACAAUUUUUGUGACACCAAACCUCUUGUCCUCCUGUGAAUCCACACUUGUGUGACAAACACUGCACUGGAAAUACAGUAUGUAAAGUUUUAAGUAAAAUCUAUUAUUAUCAUUACUAUAUUAUUAUGAUGAUUAUUAUUAUUACACAUUUGCAAUUGUAUAUGUAAUUUGUAUAAUUCGAAAAUUCUUGAUGCCAGUGGUUUCUAGAGUUGAAGGAAAUCUUUUUUUUUUGUUUGUUUUUCUCUAUCUUUUUAAGGAAGCAUGUUUUUUUCCCCAUAUUAACAGUGGCUGUUUUUUAUUGUGGCUAUUAAGUGGAAAAUGAUAUUGGCAGUUUUUGUAAUUUGCUUCUUGUAUGUUAGCUAUAAUACUGCGCCCAACUGGUUUUUGUUUGUUUGUUUUGGGUUAUCUUCUUCUUUUUAUUUUUUUGGAAGGGGUGUCUGAUGGUGUUAUGUGUUCAUGUAAAGAAUGAAUCCUAAUGUGUGUGUGACUGUGGUUAUGUAAUCCAGACACCUAGUGUGUGCUAGUCCAGACACAAUGACUCUGUACAGUUGGAGGAACCUGUUGUUUUUCCCUUUGUUGCAAUGUGAGCGGCCGGAGAAGCUAGGCUCAGUGUCUUCCUGCAUCAAAACGUAAACAUUUCAAACAUACGAAACAAACAGCACGCAAUAGGAGAUUAAUUGUGAAUUUACUUUUCCAUCUUCAUGUUUAACGCUGUAAUGGUAGCACCCUGAAUGGUGAUGUCUGAAAUAUGAAGACAGAGAAAAAAAACAUGUUGCUUUUAUCAGUUAGCGACAGUGUUCCCUAUCUCAUUACAAUGAGAACAUUUUCUUAAUAUAACAAGAUACAUGAUGUUGGAGUGACAACAUAACAAUGUAUUUUGUUAUAAGAAGAAACUUAUAUAUAUAAUACCACAUCCCUUUUACCACAUUAGAUGUUGGUGUAUUAUAUAAAGAAAUUAUUUGUAUCUUCUCUGUAACAUGAAAAAAUGUUACAACAUGAAAGAUUUAGGGAUGGGAUAUUUCUGAGCCAGAGUCUGCCUUGACUGACAGUUGUGUGUAGUAGUGUACAUACACGCAUAUGAUAGGAAUCGUUUUUUAACAUGGUGGGCUGUACAGAAGAAACAAGAAGUCUGAUCUCUUAGAGGGGAGAGAGCAUCAUUUCUCUUAAAUACGGAGCAUGAAAGGCUGCAUGGAUAUAAGUCCCAGUCCUUAAACUCGGGAUUGUCUUUAGUUGUCGACUGGACGGAUCUUUUGAAUAACAUUGUUUCGCUAUAUAACCAACCAUUUUGAACAAACUCAAGGCCACCCUGUUGUAAAAAUACUCAAAUUACUAUUAUUAUAAGGAAUAGAAUUCACCCCAGUCAAUCAAUCAAUCAAUCAAUCAAUCAAUGUAACACUUGGUACAUUACUAAACACAUCAACAUUGUGUAUGUAGGCCUAUUGUAUCACGUAUCGAAACAGUUAAUUCAGUAAAACAUCGAAUCAGAACAUCAAAAAUAUAAUGUUAUUUCUUGUUUUACUUGUGAUUUAAUGAGAUAGGCUUCUUGUUAUUAUGCUAUAUUUUGUAUGUCAUAAUAACAAAUGAAAUAUGUCAAACUGUUACAUCAAAGUAUCUUGCUGUAAUUGCAAUAUGUUUGGCUCGCAGUAGCAGUGACUUCCUAAAACCUCACUGUCCUUUGACACCACACCUCGUUCUUCUCGCACAGUAAUGGUUCAUAUACAUUUUCAUACAAAUCUCAGUGAGCGAGUAGUUCAGCUUUGACCACUGUUUCCGCAGGGAGACGUUUUUUUCCCCAGCUAGUGGUGCUAAAAAGGUGGUCGGGGAGAGAUGCGCUGUUGGUGGCUCCUGAUGUUGCUAGGCAACAGCCGAAUACCCGCUUGAAGCUCAGUGCGCUCUUCCUAAAAGUUGUGAUAUUUUUAACUCGCUAAAAUCUCUGUGCUGCCUGGAACACAACAGCAGCUCCUUUUUUCUUUUCAAUCAAAAUGAAGAAGCAAGAGCAGUGCACUAUAGAAAGGCUGCCGGAGGCUGUGUGACCUUUCUCACUUCUAAAGCCGCAGUGCAGAAAGCUGGUGCCACUGCCUCUCUGUCCAUACGAAGCAUAUGCAUACAGAAAAGUAACAUUUAGUCAUAUUAGUGAUGAAGAAGGAUAUUCUUGCUUGAAGCCUCGACAAGUGUUUCCCGGCCGUACCGCGAGUUCAUAAACGUCCGCACAUAUUGAGGUUUGCGUAGGGCUUCACUGUUCUGUGGUCUGGUUCCUCAUUUCAGGGCAGUCCCUCGCCAAAGGGUGCAAUAUUUGUGUGUGUGUGUGUGUGUGUGUCUGCAAGCAUGUACAGUACAUCCAUUGGUCUCAGUGUGUAUUCUUAAUAAGCCUGGGGGGUGUGUGUGUCGUGUGAGAGAUGGAAGGAGAAGGCUUUAUUUCGGAGGACACAUCAGUCCCCUGCCUUCAGCCCAGGACUUUUUUUUUUCUUAUGAGUUGCUCUGUUUUUGUUUUUUUUUUCUCAUGUAUUAUGUUUUUUGUGUAAUAUUUGCUUUUUAUGAUAUGAAGUGCUUGUGCCAGGUGGGGCAGGAUAAAUCCGAUGGACUUUGCAGCACUGAAAACUGUUUUUGUAGGGGUUUGACUUGGAAUCAGCUCCUCUGUACUUUGCUCGUCCACCAUUGGCUGCCUUCACAUUUGUCUCACCCCUAUUGGUCAGACCAAGAUAUUAAGAGACCGGGCAGUCAGUUUGGUGAAUAGUCCUCAGGUUUCUAUUUAUUUUGAAUAUUUAUUUAUUUAUUUUAGUGGAUAUUUUUAUUGUGCUUCUUUCUUUUCUUUUUUUGUUUUUGUUUUGUUUUCCUAUUGUACAGCUCAUGCACUUGUGCAAGUACUGUUCGUUGUUGUUCAAAGGGACACUGCUCCAUGUAAAACAUGACUGUUUUUAAAGGGAUAGUACACCCAAUUUGCAUCCUGCAUGUUUUUUUUUUUCUAACGACCAACAUGGUGUGAAUUACUUUUUUCUUCAGCAUCUUUAGAUUUAGGUUUGUGACAUUGUUUUUGCAGUUUUAUGGUGUCCAUUUAUUUUCCUUCCACGUAGGUCAUUACCACUUUGCCAGAGUGGGACAUCUAUCACUUUAAAACUCAUAUAAUACAGGAUUGUAUUUUGUGUGAACUAUCCCUCCCUUUCAAAUGAAGGUUUUUUUUUUUUAAAGGUGAACCACUGAGUCAUUGUAUCGUACUCAUGUCUCAUCCAGUAACAGUGUUAAUGCCUAGUUGGCCCUGUUUAAUACUAAAAGGUCAAAGGUUACCUGAAAGCGUUCAUGCGUGAUCGUGCUAACCAAACAUGACCCCCACCCCCCUCUGAAAAAAGAAGAAAAAGCAGCAUGUACAGUACAAAGGUGUUGUUCUUCUGUUCUUCUUAGUGUGUUUACUAGCCUUGAAAAUCAAUAUAAUAAGAUUCACAUAUUUAAAAUGAGGGAGUUCACAGUAUUACACAACUGCAACAAACUAGCAGCGUAGCUGGCAUUUUCUUUGCAUGACAGUCAACGGGACACUUGUUUUUUUGGUGUUUUCCUUUUUAUUUGAGUUCUCAUUUUCUACUGAAUGCUGGUAUACUCGACCUUUCUCUGUCUAUUUUCUCAGCUUUUUUAAGUGCAUAUAACUAUUUUUGUCUCAAGAUGAUAUAAUGAAGAUUAUUAUGAUGAUCAGAAUGAUGUUGUGGCACUAUGAGGAUGACUAUGAGGAUGUUGACAGUGAUGAUGAUGAUGAUGAUGAUGUGCUGAAGAUUAUCUCGCAUGCUUUUCUAUGGGACUCUGUGUUGUCAGUGCAGAAUGGCUGCCUUUUGUACGUAGCUGAGAGAAUACGAGGAGCACUUGUUGACCAUCAGCACCAAGAGUGUGCUUCAUUUAGCCUGCUGCAUGUCACUUUGAGGAACAGCACUUGAGUCUGACUAACAGAUCAUAGGCAGUUCAACGUGUUAAUGAGCUCCAGCAGGGGGCGCAGCCACACAAAGUAAAGCACAAACACACAGAUGGAUGGCAGAUUGAUGCUUCUAAUGUAGUUGCACAAUACGUUUUUUAGUGUCAAAUCUAACAGACAAUCCAGUCAGAGACAACAGCAGUUAGAAUAAGAAAAAGCUUCCAUUAUUACUGUUGAUCAGGGCUGCACAUUUAUGACUAAAAUGACCAUCCUGAUUACACUUUGACAUCAUGAUGUUGAUGCAUGAUUGUUUUCCUCAGUGAUGUUGGGGAACAAAAUCAUUCUCCUUUAUUAAUCUUGUAUUUGAAACUGUUUCCAGACACUUUUUACAUUCUUUACUAAAUAAAAUGUAACAAUACCACUGAUAAAUCAUGAUUUUAUAUGACUGAUCAAAGCUGAAAUCAAGAUAGAAAACGAUUAAUUGUGCAGCCCUACAUAUAAACUACAAUAACUGUCCUUCUAGUUACUUGAGGUCAGUGCGAGCUCUGCUGCCUUCCUGUCAGCUAUUUAGUCAGAUGAAGCAUUACUGAGAUAAACUAGAGCCAGUGUGUUCACUCUGAACCUCUGCCAGUGCACUGCAAGUUGUACUGACAACACUGAGUUGGCUUCUCUUCAUAGGGUGUCUUUCACUCUUUCUCCCAUUCCCUCUGUUUCCAAACUUAUUCAAUCAUUUCUCUGCAGUUGGCUCUUUCUAGUUUCCCUUUGUCUCUUUCUGUCAGUUUGGGUUUCUUCUGUAUAUUAAUAUUAAUCCUCUAGUUCUCUGAUUCUUCGGAUUAUUGCUCUGUUCUCUUACGUGCUACACAUGUUUCUAUAACUUCAAGAAAAUGUGUUAAGGUGUUAUCAAUAAAAUGAUCAUUUAAAUAGAAA